AUGUACCAACUUGUUUGCAGCCUCGUAGUAAUAGUAGCUCUAGCUCCGACCCUCCAACCACUCCAGGAAGAGGAGUACGUCUCAACCGGAGAUGAGGAGGAAGUCUCCGAGGAAGACGAGGAAGACGCAGAGGAAGACGCAGAGGCGCAAGAUGACGAUGAAGACGAUGAGGACGAGGAAGAGGGCGCCGAUGGCAAGAAGGAUGGCGCCAACGGAGCCAAGGAAGACGCACCUCCCGCCAAGAAGCGCAAAACCGCCGAUGCGCCCGAGGAUGCCACUAACGGCGAUGCCACGGCCGAGAAGGACGCUGAGGCCGAUGGUGACAAGGACGAGGAUGCUUCCGCCGAAGAGACCAAGGACGUCAAGGACAAGGACGUCAAGGCUCCUGCUGCUGAGAAGCCUGCCGAAGCUGAGGCUGAUGGUGAGACUGAAAGGGAGCCUGCUACCGCCGAGGUCUAG